UGGUUCUUCCGCACGCUGAUUUAAUUUGAGUACGAAUCCCAAGCAAGGUAGUCGUCCUAGCCCCCCUUAGUAAACCCCCGAACUGAACGCAGGCAUCUACAUUGAGCUUAUACAGAGGAGUGCCUGCUGCUCCAUCCCCGUGUCUACUAUAGCUCCUGCCCAUUUAACCCUUCUCUCUGCUCUCUCCCUCCCUCCUUCUCUCUCUCUCCCUCCUUCUCUCUCUCUCUCUCUCUCUCUCUGAAAUAUGCCAUUUGUUGGCGGGAAAAAGCCUCUAUCACUGUCUGCUCAUCCAAAAUCAUAACUUGUUAAACCCUCAGCUAUGUUAGAAUGGGUAAAUCCACCAAGAAAUUGACCAAAGUUGAUGGAGCUCCUUCUGUAGACCCACCUACCAAAUCUGUAAAGAGAGGCAAGAGAGAAGCUGAGGAGGCAAAUACUCAGAAGAUGAAAAGUAUCAAAGAGGAAAAAAGUACUUCAGAGGACACCUCUGCUUUAAAUUCUGAAGAAGAGCAGAAGGAUAAGCAGAGGACUUCUACCAAGGUAGAUUUGCAAUCAAAGAAAUCGCCAGCUACUGCUGCCAAAAAUGGUUCUGUUGCGGUUUUUAAGAAGAAAGAGAUGUCAGAAGAAGGAAGUUCAUCGGAUGACAAAGAUGAAAAUCAUGCAAAGGUGACUUCUCAAGCUAAAACAUUGCCAACUUCUGCUCCAAAGAAUGUUCCCAUGUUGGCCUCCAAGAAAGAAACUGAAACAACUCACAUCUCUGGGGAUAGUUAUUCUAAUGAGAAGGAAGAAACUGCUGCAGCACCUACAAAGAAAGCCAAUUCUAGUGAUAGUUCCUCUGAUAGUGACUCCAAAGAAGAAGAGGUUCCUACAAAGAGAGUAUUUCCUUCAAAAAGGCCAACUUCAACAAAUGAAACAAAGGAAUCCAAACAGCAGAAGAAGGAAAACCUUAAAGAAGAUGGCAACGAGGAUGAUCGUUAUGAGGAAAGUGAUGAUGAAGGGCCUCAAAAGAAAAAGUUGAAAGUUCCGCUGACUGGUGUACCAGUUGCUGGAAAACAAAGCACAAAAGCUAUGAAAAGGGGAGACAGCAGUGAUGAGGAAAAUUCUGAUAACGAGCCUAAAAAUGCGCCGCUAGUUAAGAAGCCUACCCAAGUUUCAAAGAAAAGCAAUAACUCUGAUGAGGAAUCUUCUGGAGAAGACACUUCCAAGAAAGAAGAGGAGCCACCUUCUAAAACUUUGAAGAAAAAUCUUACCAAAGUUAGAAAUGUAAGGAGUUUUGAGGAAUGUAGUUCGAGUGAAGACACUAAUGGGGAAGAAGAGAAUCUGCCUUCCAGAACUCCAAAGAAAAAUGAUGUAGAUGUAGAAAUGGAUGAUGUAGUCGCCAAAUCAGAGAUCAAGCAAGCUGAUACCAUUGAUUCCAGAUCUGAAAAAAAAGCAGCACAAAGUCAUGGCACUCCUGAACACGUGGGAUCAAAAACACUGUUUGUUGGCAACUUAUGCUUUUCUAUUGAAAGAGCUGAUCUGGAGAACUUUUUUAAAGAUGCAGGAGAAAUUGUUGACAUCCGUUUUGCAAUGGAUAAUGACAUUUUUAAGGGAUAUGGCCAUGUUGAUUUUGCCACAGUAGAAGCAACAAAAAAGGCCAUCAAGUUGGAUGGUAAAGAGAUAUUACGUCGCCGUGUGAGACUUGAUUUUGCCAGAGAAAGGGGCUCAUACACUUCAUUUCGCAGCAAGGAGAGAGACUCAUAUCAGAGGGGAGGGAGAGCUCAAGGGCUAACAAUAUUUAUACGAGGUUUUGAUAAAAGUGGUGGGGCCGAUGAGAUUAGAUGUGCAUUGGAAGAACAUUUUGGUUCUUGCGGAGAGUUUUCUAGAGUUUCCGUUCCAAAAGAUUAUAAUGGUGGUGUUAUAGGGUUUGCUUACAUUGACUUUAGGGACAGUGAUGGUUUCAACAAAGCUCUUGAACUCAAUGGAUCUGAACUUGCAGGCAGUACCUUGACAGUGGAAGAGGCAAAGCCACGUUUCAGAACUGGUGGUGGUUGGAGUGGUGCAAGAGGUACUGGUUGGAGUGGUGGAAGAGAUGCUGGUUGGAGUGGUGGAAGAGAUUCUCAUUGGAGUGGUGCAAGAGAUGCUGGUUGGAGUGGUGGAAGAGAUGCUGGUUUGAGUGGUGGAAGAUAUGCUGGUUGGAGUGGUGGAAGAGAUGCUGGUUGGAGUGGUGGAAGAGAUGCUCGCUGGAGUGGUGGAAGAGAUGCUGGUUGGAGUGGUGGAAGAGAUGCUUGCUGGAGUGGUGGAGGAGAUGCUGGUUUGAGUGGUGGAAGAGAUGCUCGUUGGAGUGGUGGAGGAGAUGCUGGUUUGAGUGGUGGAAGAGAUACUGGUUGGAGUGGUGGAAGAGAUGCUCGCUGGAGUGGUGGAGGAGAUGCUGUUUUGAGUGGUGGAAAAGAUGCUGGUUGGAGUGGUGGAAGAGAUGCUCGCUGGAGUGGUGGAAGAGAUACUGGUUUGAGUGGUGGAAGAGAUGCUGGUUUGAGUGGUGGAAGAGAUGCUGGUUCUCAGUUUGGUGGUAGACGUGGAGGUGGCUGGUUUGGUAAUGGUGGCAGAUGAUGUGGAACACCCAUCAGACCAAGCUUGUGUAGGCCUUACUGGGAGGAAGACCACUUUUGAUGAAGAGUGGACUAUCAUCCAACACAAGGAAAAGAGUUGGGAUUGCGUGUUUUGUUUUUUGUUUCUUGAUAUUCCCUCUUCAUGCUUGAAAUAUCCUCUUUUUGUAUCUGUUUAAGUUUUGGGGAGAACAAUAUCUGAGGUUAACGAGGGCAUCUGUAAAUUUGAUAUGUAUGGUUUUUGGUGAAUGAUGUCUGUAUUUAGUCCAUUCAGUCUCCAUUAUUAGUUGAUAGACAUGUCCGAGUGUAACAUAGAUAUCAUAGUCAUGUCGUCUACUUUGCUGAAAGCAUCAAGGGCAUGAUGAAUCAAUCUUUCAUGAUAUGAUCGACAAUUCAUCCCCACUUGGCGGUUGAAGCCGCCCUCACCAUCUGUUGAUAGCGGCACAUUUGCAUCCAAAUUGAGCAUUUGGUCUGGGAUUUGGAUUUGGAUCCUCUCCGGUGGAGCAGUCAUUCUUUUCUGUCAAGUUAGCGAUGCAGGUUGGAAUUUUUAAUCGACUUUUCAAAAUUUUGCCCUUGAAUGGUAGGAUGGACAUUCGGUGCCUAGACAAACUGUAUCAGUUUACAGAGUGAGUGCAAAUCCUAUUCGUUACGCAAGUCUGUGAUUUAAAUUUUACUCGUGUCAUGGGAUGGGAUUAGUACGGGUCAAAAUUUUUGUAGAUUGUCUCACGAACUUGAUGGAACAGGAACAUAAGAGAAUUCUCCAUGGCAAGAGAUUAAGAUCGAAGUCUCCAAUCAACCACGCAACACAAUGGGUCCUUGUUUGAGCCUCUCGGGUCCAAUCAAAACUUCGAGACACUUUUCUGUGUCUGUCGUGGGGUGGGGGGAAAUCAUGGAUUCUUUUCCUCUACUUGCUGAUAAGCCUUGCACUUUCUGGUUGGUGGCUUAAAUGUAAAAUAUUGUUUAGAAAAUAUUUUUAUUUUUUAUUUUUUGGUA